AUGAGCAAGAAGCUGCUGUUCUUCUGCCUGCUUUCAGUCGCCUGUACUAUUUUGCUUUUGUUUGGAACCCCGCCUCCUCCAGAUGCUGUGCCCGAUGGUCCAGCAACCGGCAAGGCUUCCUAUCGUGGCCGCUACGCUAUCACCACCUUUUUGGCCUCGCACGACGACGGAACAUACCAAACUCGAGAUGAUCAAGACCCAUACUUUAUGAGCGCCAGGACCCUUGUAUAUCAGCUGCUUCACUCGCCCAACACCAAGCUACGAUCCCAGAUCCCCGUCAUUGUGGUUGUCACACCUGAUGUCCGGGAGAGCAAGCGCCGCAGAUUGCGAGCCGACGGAGCUACUGUGGUUGAAGUCGAGUACAUUGCACAAAAUACAGCGGUGGUUGAUGACCGCUGGACCGAAAUGGCGACCAGACUGCGCAUCUUUGAUCCCACCAUCAUACCCUAUGAGAAGGUCCUGUUCAUGGAACCUGACAUGGUCCUCACCCGCCCCAUUGUUGAUAUUCUCCGGGACCCAAGUACCGAUUUUGUCCUGAUCAACGACGCGACCAAAGUCAGUGCGGAACUGGGCACCAUCCCAGAGCGAUACCUCAUGGCUGCCUCUCCGGAUUCGCUCCAGAGAGACCAUGACUAUCCGUUCCUAGAUCCCGAAAACACAGUGAAACACUUCAACGGUGGCUUAUUCGUGUAUUCGCCUUCAACAGAAGUUUUCCAGUAUUACAAGAGCCUUCUGAACCACCCAGAGCUUUACUACACCGGAUCGCCGAGCCAGGACCUCAUCAAUUAUGCUCAUCGUUGGGGAGGACCCAUGCCUUGGAAGCGAUUGCAUUCGUCCUGGUACAUUGACUGGCCCAAUGACAAUGAUUUCGCUGGGAACAUGGCAUUGCUACACUCCAAGUGGUGGGUGCAUGAGUCGUCUUCCAGUGAUGCGGUGGAGAGAUUUGCUCUUGCACGUCGGUGGGAGAUGGAGGGAUAUUGGGUGGGCAGGGAUGGCGAGUCCAAAUAUUGGUCAUAA